UUUCCACUUUCAGAUUUAAGCAGUCGUGGACCUAAAUUUUUUUGGCCUUACUUCCUCUUCCUCUCGUUCCAUUUUCAGAUUUCCAGUUCUCUUCCUUUGCUAGCUCUUUCUUCUACCAAGAAAAGAUGAAAAAAAACAGAGGAGAUGACAACAGUAAUCAACACCCUUGUGCAAACACCUAUUUCUGUUCUGUUAGAGGCUAUAGCCAGCUUGUUGGAAGAAAAGGUGGAUUUCAUCUUGAAUGCCGAAGACGAUCUCAAGGUGCUCCAGGAGAAGGUGAGAUGCUUUCAAGAGGCCCUCAAAGCCACAGAUCACUUUUUCAGCAAUGAGCGCAACAGAGAUCUGGAGGGACAGCUGAAGGAUGUUUUCAAUGAUGCCCAGGAUAUCAUCGAACGAUACCAAACCACAACUGCACUUUGCAAAAGGGACAAGUGCUAGCUAAACUCUUGCCCAAGGCAUCCCCAGCUCAAGGCAGUCCCCUGCCCAAGGCGACCCCUGCUCAAGGCGUCCCCUGCCCAAGCAACAUUUGCUUGGCGUCCCCUUCAAGUCAAGCUCAGCCGGGCCUCCCUUCUUCUGCCCUGUUCUGGGCGCAAUGCCAACCCGUGGUAGCCUCAAUCCUCGCAUCGACACAGAAACAUGGAAGAGAAAAAAAAGCUGCAACUUGAAUGUAGCUAGUCUAUAGAACAGACAAAAGAGUGGAAGCCAGGGCUGGAUGUAAUUUUAUAUUAAAGCCACUUGCUGUCGUGCUGUCUAAAUUAAAGGGAGUGAGAGUGCCAUUGCAUGUACUCUACCAUUGGCAAGCCAACCAUGUGGAGGUGGAGCUACUCGUCAACAGUAAUAUAAUUGUGGCAGCGUGGUCUUUAUAUUUAGCUGUUUGCCCUUCUUCCCCACCACUCGAAAAUUGCUUCUCUUCCUCUUGCUCUUCCAUCAACUGAGAAACUGGCGAAGAUGGCACUAGUAGUCGAUGCAGUUGCAGAAAUAGUUAUUUCUAAUCUCUUGGGGUCUGUAACCAGUUUAUUGAAAGACAAGGUGGACCUGAUUUUGAACGCCAAAGAUGAAAUCAAGAAGCUCCUGAGGAAGCUUGAACGCUUGCAGAAGGCCCUUAAAGAAGUAGAUCGCAAGCCCUUUUUCAGCAACGAGCGCGAUAAAGAUCUGGAGGGAGAGCUGAAGGAUGCUUUUUAUGAUGCCCAGGACAUCAUCCAGGAAUACCUAACCAUAAUUGAGCUCAGCAAAAGGGAUAAGGGUUCUAUGUCUUCAUGGAACAAGGUAAGAAAGCCCUGGAUCACUCUGUGCUCUUGCUUUAAAGAACAUGUAUCUGCUUCCUACCAACUUGGAAAUGAAGUUAGAAGGAUCAACGAAAAGCUUGAUGAAAUAGAAAAAAAUAUUAAAACGAUGGAUUUUGUCAACACAACUCCAAAAGAGAGUAGUGGUGAGGGUCCUAUGGGUGGUGUACGUGACAAUCCUCGAGAGACAACCCAUCACAUAGGUACUGUUCAACCACACCUAGGCAGGGCGGACGAUAAGGAGAAAGUAAAAGAACUCUUGUUUGAUGGCUCUAUAGAGAGUAGUGUCCUAGGAAAACGUGGUGUUUCUAUUGUAUCCAUUGUAGGUCAAGGUGGGAUUGGGAAAACCACUCUUGCAAAAAUGAUCUUUAAGGAAACCGAAGAACAGUUUGGGAAACGUAGGUGGUGGGUUUGUGUUUCGAAAAAACCAAACCGCACAGAUUUGCUACAAAAGAUACUAAAGGUCGUGUGCAAGGGAUCAGAAAGAGAACUUGAGGGUGUCACUUCCUUAAGUGACUUAUGUACACGACUCCAGAGUGAGCUUUCAAAGAGCAGGUUUUUGUUGGUCUUAGAUGAUAUAUGGGAAUUAAGUUGGUGGGGUGGAGAGGUAGAGGACACCCUGAGGGGAGGUGCAAAGGAGAGCAAGAUUUUGAUCACCAGUAGAUACAUAGAAGUCUCCCAAGGGAUUGGUGCUAAAAUGCAUAAACUACCAGAAAUGACUUUUGAAGAAAGUUGGAGCUUGUUUUUGGAUGUGGCAUUGAAAGAAGAAAAUGAAUUGGCGAGCCACAAUUUGAAAGAUAUUGGGGAGAGGAUAGUGGACAAGUGUGGUGGGUUGCCGCUUGUAGUCCAGACUGUAGGGUCCUUAAUGCGUACAAAAAGGAUGACCGAAGAUGCCUGGAAUAGCGUUGAAAAGAGUGGGAUCUGGGAAUGGAGUAUGCCUGCAGCCUCAUCGUCUUCCUCUCAAUAUGGUGACAUUCUUCCUGGUCUCAUGCUGAGCUAUGAUGACUUGCCAGCGUCUUUGAAGAGUUGUUUUGUAUAUUGUUGCAUUUAUCCAAAGGAUUAUCAGAUAGAAAGGGACUUAUUGGCCAUGCAAUGGGUCGCGCAUGGAUUGAUUGAGGAAAAGAAGGGCAUGGAUGUGGAAGUGACAGCGAACCAAUGUAUUGAUGAUUUGAUAAAUAGGUGCAUGAUUGAAGAAACUGAAGAAGGGGAUGUAAAACUGCAUGACACUUUGCAUGACCUUGCCUCAUAUAUAGGUAGAAAGGAAUAUAGCCAUGCCUCUCCUACUGAGCACACCCGCCAUCUGUCAUUGCUUGAUAUAGAUGAUGCAGAGAUGCCCAUGCAUAAUGUUUCAUUAGUAGCAAAUAAGUUGCGCACAUUGUUCUGUGCAUCCUUGCCGUCGGAACACUUCACCAACAUCAAGUGGUUGAGGGUAUUGUCAUUGGAGGAAUGUGAAAUGGAUGAGCUGCCAAAUUCCAUUGAAUGUCUUUCACUACUAAAGUAUCUCAAUCUAAGCUAUUCUGACAUGAAACGGUUGCCCAGUUCAAUCGACAGACUUUGGAACUUGCAAACGUUGGAUUUAAGUUAUAGUAAAAUUGAAGAGGUGCCCGAGGAAAUAGGUAAACUGUGCAACUUGAGGUAUCUUGGGUUGGAAGGUACAGAGGAAUUGAAAUUUGUAGCCGAAGGCUUGGGGAAGCUUACCAAUUUGCGGACCUUAAAAAGGUUUCUUUUAUGCAAUGACAAAGAGGAUAGAAGAGGAUGUAAUAUUAAGGAACUAAAAGACUUGAACAACCUAACGGGAAAAUUGUCCAUAGAAGGUUUGGGGGGUGCUAGAAAGGAAAUCAAUUUAGGAAAAGCCCAAUUGCUUAAGGAGAAGCAUCUUCUAACUGGUUUGAAGUUUGAUUUUGAGGAACAACAUGAUGACAAAGUUGCUGAUGCUUCUGAACAGAGUUGUAUGCUGGAUGCUUUGGAACCUCCACAUUGCCUCAAGAGCUUGAAAAACUAAUAAGCAUUAC